CGCAGCCGCAGCCUCUUACCUGUCCAGGUAGCUCGCAUUUCCCGGAGAGCGGCGGCGCCCGCAGCACCUGUCUCCCGGUGCGCGGGCGGGGAGGACGGCGCGGGGCAUGGCCUGGUAGAGGCCCCUGGGGAGACGGUGAGGCGUCCAGUCCGGAGCAGGGCAGGAGGCGGAGGGACUGUCCUCCCCGGCGCCUGCUCGGCCGGCGGCAGCAUGAAAAAGAACCCGACGGUGCAGGGCACCUUCAGCAAACUCUUCGGCAAGAAGCACGCCAACCCUCCCGCCACCUCCCUCUACGCCACCAACCCCCCCUGGAUUUUCACCCAGGAGGCCCCGGAGGAGGGGACCCGGGGCUUCGACGGGAUCUAUUAUGGAGACAACCGAUUUGACACAGUGAGUGAGUCGGGAACCGCCACGCUGAAAGCUCGGCCAAGAGUCCGGCCCCUGCUGACCUUUCUUCCACUGGAUGCCCAGGAGAACCAUGGACUGGCCGUGCCCACCCCCUCUGUCCCAGACAACUUUGCAGACAAACAAAUGACAGGCACCAGCAGGCUCGUCAACGGCAACCUCCGAUUAUACAGCUCUGUGGGGGACCUAAGGCCCGGGCACUAUGGCCAGGACUUGCUCAUCCCCCCGCCACCCCCGGGCCCUGCCCCGGCACCACCCCCAGACACUCCGCAGCCUCAAGAGGAGCCCUUACCACCACCUCCACCUUCCACAGCUCCCCCACCUCCCCCGCUGCUGCUGGAACCCCCGUCCCCACCCAGCAUGGCUCCACCUCUGCCCCCAGUAAUGGGGCCCCUAUCCACUGCACCCCGCCUUCCCUCCCCAGCCACACCCACCCCUCCGGACUUCAUUCCCCCUGCCCCCCCGCUACCCCUUUUGGCCCCCCCGCUACCCCUUUUGCCAGCCCCGGCUCUCCCAGCUCCAGUGUCUCCUCAUACAUCGGGGACUCACCCCUUCCCCGCUGCGGGUGUCACCAAGUGGAAAUCAGAGGUAGCUCUGAGUGACAGGCAGCCAGAGGCCCCCAGGAGCCCUGCUGAGCCCAAGGGGAGCCUCCUGGGACCGGAGACCCACCUCACCUUCCCCAGCUUGCUCAAGGUGCCUCCCCCAACCCCAGUCAGGACUUCAUCCAUCUCCACUCAGGAAGCACAAGGGGCUCUUCCUGAGGAAGGAGAGGUCACCAAGAAGGCCCCCAGUCGACUCCCACUGCCUCCCAGCUUCCACAUCCGCCCCGCAUCCCAGGUCUAUCCCAACAGGGCCACUGAGCCAGAUCGUCCCGAGGAGCCCAGGGCUACAGCACCAGCCAGUCCGAGGCCGGGCCAGCCCCAGGCCUGGACAAGUGAACAAGCCGAGACUCCACCUCCAGCCCCUCCCCUGCCCCCUCCUCCACCCCCACUCCCUCCCUCAGCAUCCCCCCUGCCCCCAGCUGCCCCUCCUUUGCCAUCUGCUGAGAAGGCAGCCCCUCCACCAGCUGGGGUUAUGAAAAGACCCAAGUCCAGCUCUCCUGCUCCCAAACCCAAACUUGACCCCCCCAGCCUGGAGGACACAGCCUCUUCAGAGUCCGUGGACUGGCGGGAUCCCAGCCAGAUGGCAAAGCUGCGGAACGAGCUGUCAGCCUAUCUCUGUGGCUCCAGGAGAGAGGACCGGUUUGCCAGUCAUAGACCAGGCCCAACUGCAGCCUCUCAGGGAAAGGAGAGCCAGAAGGGCCCCAGCCUGCCAGAGAAGGAGGCGCCCCCCAGCCUGCCAGAGAAGGAGGUGCCCCCAAGCCUGCCAGAGAAGGAGGCGCCCCCAAGUGUUCCUGAGGAGAGUCCUGGCAGCCAGCCAAAGAGGAAGGCCACCACCAGCCUGACCCUCCCUCCUGUGGACUACAUCCCCCAAGACUCGCCAACUCCUAGCAUCUGGCAGAUCCGGAAUAAGUUGGAGGCCCAGCUUUCCUCAUCAGCCGAGAAGGAAGCCAAGCCCAGCAGAGGGUCUCUGCCUCCCAAACCUCAGCUAGAAGGGGUAAGAAUCUUUGAAAACAGGGCUGAUAAUGGCAAAUUCUCCAAGCCCGUGGCCAAGAAUCUGCCAUCUCUAUCCACCACCCCUCUGCCAACCACACCACUCCAGUCCAAGGCCACGCCUGGGCCAGCCACACCUGGACCAGCCACACCACCCAAGGCCACACCUGAGCCAGCCACACCUGGACCAGCCACACCACCCAAGGCCACACCUCUACCCACCACAUCAUCCCAACUGAUAGCAGAGAAGAACCUAGUCCCAGCUGGGCAGUGGGAGAAGCCAGAACAUCAAGAACUUGCAGUGCCCUCCAAGCCAGAGGCAGAAGGGCGCUCCUUAGAGACCAGUAAGCCUACACAGGGAGCCCUCUCGUCUCCAGCCCUCCCCCCAAAGAUAUCCCCUGGCCGAGAAGAGGUGCCAUUUCUCUAUAAGCCCCAUCGCAGCCAGAACAGCCCCAGCAGAGAUGUGGCCGUGGUGAUGCCCACCCUGUCCAGAGGAGAGGCUGUAGGGUCAGGGGAGCCUGUGGAGGUGAAGGAGCCCCAGAGGCUGCCAGCCAAACCCCCUGCCUCAGCCCAGCCUGCUGAGGAACUCCUCAGGCAUCCAGUGACAGGGGAGGUGGUGGAGCAAGGCUCCCCGAUGGCUCUGCUCCUUGCAGCCAGGCAGAGGGCACAGAAGGGGAGGUCCAGAGGGGCUGCCCUGGGCCAGUCCUCCCUGUCAGGGAGUCUCCGUGGCCACAGCCAGCCCGGGGCAGGCUCUGACGGCAUCUUCUACAACGACGGCCAGCCCAACUCCUUCACGGUGGUCCCCAAGGUACCCAAGGAGACUGAGAAGGACCCCCAGCUAACCUCGCCCGGACAGCCCAAGGUACCCAGUCAGUGGAAGCCCCAGCCCCGCAGAGACCCAGAGGGCACGGAGCCCAGCCGCGGGUACAGCUGUACAAAGACAGAGCCGCAGGCCUCCGUGGCCUGGGAAAGACCAGCGCCCUCCAGCCUCCCCCGGGGCCGCCUGCUGCCCAAGUCCUCCUCUUCCCCUCCUUCUCCUUCCCACAAGAGGGAGGAGGAGGAGUUCAACUUUGAGGUCAUCCCACCGCCGCCAGAAUUCAGCAAUUACCCCGAGCCCCCGCCCCGCGCCCUGCAGUAUCUGGGGCGCCGGGGCUCCCCUCCCCGGAACAACUUCUCAGACUUGGGGCAGCUCGCGGACGCGGGCCCUGCUCGCGGCUUCCGGCGCUUUCCCGCCAUUGCGGGCCCCGCCGGGGCCGCCAGGGGCCUGGACGAUUUCUCGGGCAGGAGCCGUUCGCUUAUCAAGAAGCGCCUGUACGUCGUCGGGGACACCCACCGCAGCCCCAGGCUGCCGCGAGGCGGCACUGGCCGCAGCCCGAUCUCCCCCAGCUGCUUCGGGCCGCAGCCCAGAGGGCCCUUCGCAGCGCCCGGAGGCCCGGAGAUGCGGCGCGUCAACUCGACGGGCCGCGCGCCCCCCGCCGGCCUGCAAGCGCGGAAGAUGCCCCUGGAGGGCGCCCACCGCGGAGAGGCCAAGUACAAAGCGCCCGGCGGCGGUGGCGGCGGCGGCGGCGGCGGCAACUGCGGCGACUGCGGCUGCGCCCCGGCUACCCGCAGGUCUCCCCACAGCAACCCCCACUAUGGAAGCUCCAUCAACACAUUCACCGUGAGGCCCGGGACCCAGCAUCCCAUCUCCUAUGCCUACUCAGGGGCCCAUUGGAAGGCCCCCUCCUGAGCCCAGGGUUUUCUCAGUUCCUCUCCAGGGGGUCGGAUCCAGGCACUUGUUUUUGUGGGGGUGGGAGGGACGCAGCAGGUGUUAAGUAGCCUCACUCAGACACAGAGGAGUCUGUUUCCCAAAGACAGACAGGGGGACAACGAGUGAAGCAGUGGCCCCAGGAAGAGUAAGAUUGAACUUCUGUUUCCCAAAGCACUGGUGUGGCUGUGGACUGUCUGCAGAUGGGGGUGGGAGGGGGAAGGAGGGAGGAGAGGAGGGACCUUUAAGGAGCUGGAGCCUGAGUUUUCACUGUCUGGUACUAUUUGCUUUAGCAAGGCUUAUUGAAAGCAGUUUUCCAAGCAGGCCUACUGAGCAGGUUCUAAAAGCAAGGGUUGGAGCCCUCGCUCAGAAUGGGAACCCAUCGGGAUGGCUGUGAUUGCUGGUCAGGCCCUCAUGAGGGGCUGAGGCCCAGCCCUGUCUGGGUUGGGGGUGCAGGGUGCUACAGGUUGACCUCCUCAGCCUCCACCAGUCCACCAGUUGUCACUCCCAGAGGCGACACCUGGGGUUCCUAGCAUAGAAGCCACAUUGAGGUGUGAGCAGGAAUAUGCAUGCACAACAUGUAGAGAAGGUACUGGAACAAAGUGCUUUGCAUUGACCAAGGGUGGGGAUAGGGGUACUGGUGGUUCAUUUCUCCCUGGCCCUGAGCUACAGGAAGGCCUAGAGAGAGAAGACGUGGCAGGUUUGGGAUGGAAGACAGAGGAUUAAGGCUUGCUUUUCUAUUCAGACCCAGGCAGCCAUGAUUUGGGGGAUCGGGCCCAAGGAGCCAGAAAGCCUGGGGCUUGACCCCAAAGGCCUUACAUGGCCAGGUCCUGUAUGGGAUUUGGAGGGGCAUCAUUCCCAUCCAGCCCUCCCGACCCCAAUACUACAGGUCUCCAAUAUUACUGAGGCCUUAGAAUGUGUAACCAAGAUGCCAGAAGGCCUUGUAGAGUAGAAGGUGACAGAGGUGGGAAUAGAGGUCUGAGAGGAGUUUGCGGCAAGUAUGGAACGUGUUUUGGAAAGUCAAGAGUGGCAGGACUGGGCCAGUUCAGAGCAGCGGAGCCCUAUCAGUAGGGUGACUGUUUGUACUUUGCUGGGAAGUCUGGGUUUAUGCCUGUUUUCCAGUGAGUGAGAACCCCUUCCACUUUCAAAGAAGUCCUGGUUUAGAUAAUAUAUGGUCACCAGACAUAUCAGGAAACAAUAUUCUUUGGUCAAUCUUCUGUCUUCAGGUCUUGGUGGGCCGAAUUCCUGGGGCCAGGCCAAGGAAGGCUACCUGGGUAAGGAGGAAGGGCAGGGGGUGCCCACCUCAGAGGAGCAGGCUGGUAGGGGCAGCCAGGAAGCAGUUCCCUUUGGGGGCACCAUGGUGGACCUCUAUGAUUUGUGCUAACCAGCCAAGGUACCAGGGUGUGGGGAUAGCAGAUGACCACUUCAGGGAAAGAGAGUACAGGGGUGGGUGGGCGCCCUGAUGGGGCAGGAUCUGUUUACCUGUGUCUAAGAAGCGAACCCCACCCCGGUGCCAGCACUGGCUCUAUAUAUAUGUAUGUAUUUUCCCUGUACAAUGUUUUAUAAAAGAGUUCACUAAUUUCUCUGCUGUGUUAAGGCUUGAGGGGUGGGGUGCGGAUUCCCAACUGUAUCUUGCUCUGGGGCGGGCAGGGAAGGACUGAUUCGCACUUGGCUUGGGAAAUAAACAGGCCAGUUUGGAUGGCCUCCAGCUCUAUGGCUAUGGAUUGAUGACGGGGAGCUACUGGGGUAUGAUCAGAGGUUGGGGGAGCUCAGCUGGGGAAGGCUGAGCGCAGGGUGGUGGCUGAACUGGAGCCAUUAUGCUGGACCCAACUCUCUCUCUGACCCUUAGGUUUUCUCAUUCUCCAAGUCCUUCAAGGGGAAGGAGCAGAGCUGAAAGAAGUCUGGUGAUAACAAACUGUGCCCUUAAGCAAGUCUCUGACUCUCUGAACCUCAGUUUCUUCUUCUGUCCAGUGAGCGUGAUAACCUACCUCAUAAGGCUGUUGUGAAGACUAGAGACAGUCAUGCGUUCAUUUAACAAGGAUUUGAGUGACUACUAGGUGGCAGGCACUGUGCUUAGCACGGAUAUACAGCCAUCAACACACUGACACGCCUCCUGCCCAUGGCAAGACUGUAGUCUUUGUGGAGGAGAGAGGAUGGAAGGAACGCACAGAAACAGCCUCUGUUAUAACAAGUGGUAGGAAGGGAAGGAACAGGGACUCUAUGAGAAUAACUAGAGGGUGGGAGAGAGAGGGGGAUUUACUUUGGCUGGUCAGGGGAGGCCUCUUGAAGGGGUGACGUUGAUGCCAAUUUAGGCCAAGCAUCCAGCACGUGUCUGGUACUCAGGAGUCGCUCAGGAAACUGCAUCUUUGGGUGAUGACUACCUUACGUUUGCAUGUGGCCCUUCACGGUUUUCCGUAAAGCUUUGACGUGGCAUCUUUAAAUUUCCCAGAAGAGGACACUGAGAACCUGAGGUCAUCUCAAGACAGUGUGAGGGAGAGAGUGUGUUUCUUGUGUUUCCUGUGUCUGAGCCUUUUGUGGGGGGUUGUUGGGAAAGGGAGGUUGGGAGGAUGACUCACUUAUUCAGCAACUUGUGCUUCCAGGAAGGGCCUCCCUCUCCCACCCUGGGGCUCCCUGUUCUGUCUCUCCCCGUCCCCUGCCCUGUACCGCGAGGCCCUCAUCUGGUAACAGAGUGAGGACAGGGGCCCUGCCUCUGGCUGCUCCUCCGCCCCCAGCCCCACCCCUGCUCCCUCCUAACUCUUCUUUCUGCUCACCUGACAACGGAGGGACAGCGCGAGCGGAGGGUUGGGGCAUCAGGGUCCCACAUCUGGCCUUGCCUCUGACAAGCUGUGUGACCUUGGGUCUCGGCUAACUCAUCUCAAAAGUGAUGGGGGUGGGCUCGUGCUGUGUCUGGGUCUUAAGCUUUGUUGGGCCCAGACGUCUUCAAAAAGCUGAUGAGAGCUAUGGCUCCUCACCCCAGAAAGAUACCCCACGUGCAUUUUUACACAUUAUUUCAGGCACUCCGCAGACACACACACACACACACACCCCACCAAACUGGGCUCCGUGGACUUCACACUGAGCAGUCCUGAUGCAACGGUGGUCAUGGUAACCACCAACGCUUAAUUUUGACAGUUUGGAAAGUUCGUUCCUUCCCUCGUUUACUCACGACAGUCCUCUGAAAUGUGUUGGCCUCGUAAUACCCUUAAUUCCAUGUUGCUGAUGAGAAAAUUAAGGCUCCGAGAAGAAAGGUGAAUUGCUCAGAAUAGCCCACCUGACUCCAAACUCUGUCCGCUUCCUCACAGCCGCCUCCCUUCUAGCUGUAUCCACUCCCACCCGUUCAUCCUUCUCUCAAUCACACCCCCCCCGAACUCUAUACCUUUCUAUCAGAGCAGGGAUGCAGGAGGGCCUGAGGAGGGAAAAGCUAAUACAAAAAGUUAAUGGGUGUAGAUGGCACAGGUGUUCCUGGAUCGAGUUGGUUGCACCUUGGUUUCUGGAGCCUCCUCACUGCUCCCUGGACGUGGCCCAAGCCCCAGUGGCUAGAACCCCUCUCUGAGGCCCAGCCCAAAGCAGCAGCGGGGGCAGGUCCUGGGGCCUGCAGUCAGCAGUACUUGAAGGGUCCUCUUCUCCCAAAAGGAGCACAGCUUUCUCCAGGGCUGGGCUUCAUUGAAACAGAGAGGCUUCCUCCCACUCCUGCAGGAAGCUGCAGGGGAGAGGUGCCUUCCACCUGGGAGGAGUAAGGGAGGAGCUUCCUAAGUGAUCAGAUGUCAGGCGGGCCUGCCCCUGCCUGCUCACCCACCACCUGCCUACCCUCAGUGGCCUGUGGCCGCUUU